AUGGCAUACCAGGAGAACAUCCAACAGCGCUUUUACAGCCAGACCGGCAGCUCUGAAUCGCCGUCCCAUGCGCAGACCCAAUACUCAUCUGUUCCUCAACUUGCUGCCCAGCCAAACCAACCCGCUUUGCGACGCACUCCAAGUUACCAAUCCGGCGAUGAUGCAAGCUACUUUCACGAGACACCUGGAAGCGGGGGAUCGCACAAUCAAACUGGGCGGAGCGGGGGGCAGUCGGCAUAUGGCGGAGGCGGCUCGCAAAGUACUCACGGCUCAAGGCACUCGCAGUUUUCUGUCGGCAGUUCUCAACAUUCUGUGAUGAGCCAAAACUCAUCGCAUGGCUCAGCGAUGUCUGGAUAUCAGCAUCAGUACCAGCCGACUUCGUCCCUAUCGCCAAAUCAAUCUUCCUACAACCCGCAGCAGUUCGCGACGCAACCAUCGCCGCCCUCCUCGUCCCAGUCGAGAUAUAACCCCCAAGCGUUCUCAGCGACCAGCAUGACGCAAUAUGGAAGCUACCCCUACCAACAGUAUAAUCCCGCGGCAUACCAGUCUCCGACAAGCUCUUACCAGCCCUCCCAGCCGUCCCCGAACUUCCAGUGGCAGACCCCUCAGACACCACACCCAUAUGGGCAGUCUUCACAGCUCCAAUACCAACCAUCUCAGUCCCACUCCCAAAAUAAUCCACGACCCAUGCCCAUGCGAUCGCACGAUUCACCUUAUACAUACCCUUCGCCUCAAACCUCCAAUCCCCCCGCGCACCCAUCUCUCGGAUACUCACCAAGUGUUUCGCAGCAUCUAGUGACCUCCCCGGUAUCAACCGUUAAUCACAACUACUCUACCUUACCUCCUCUCCCCUCCACUGUUUCCUCAACAUCGAGUAACUCUUCCAAUGCCACUUAUCCGAGAACUUUCCAGCAGCCGCAUCAUUUACCUAAUCCUCCCCCUCAUGCUACAAGCCCCAAUGACUCGGGCCCGCGACCCCCCGCUUAUCGCCCACAGAACGAAGAGCCACCGUACCGCAACAGGCCCUUGUCGCUAUCAGUCUCAUCUCAACUGCCUUCAAUGACUCCCGCACCACUUCCCCCACUCCACCAAGCCCAGCCAACAUCCCCAAGACGUGCUGAUACCCAGAAUCGCCACCCACAGGCGCGCCCAUUGCCAGGCCCCCCAAUCGAUUCUGAAAUAUUUCAUCCCAGCAGGCCAGGUGCAUAUAAUGCUAGGUUCGAGAAUGAAAUAAGCUAUGAAGAUACCAUGAAGGAGGUUGAAGCCGCGAUUAUGGAAGGAAGGCCCACAAAUACUAGGCGCAACAGCUCUCGUGCUAAGCACUCAAUCCAACAGCAAGCCUCUAUACAGGAGGGGGAUGAAACUUCGAGAACCUCUCCAGGCCGCCUCCGUGUCUCCCCCGAUUUUACACAUAGCCACACGAAUGGGCAUGAGGAUAUUAGUGCAACUGGCACAGGACAAUAUGUCAAUUAUACUGCGUAUAGUGAUGACAGUGAAGCUGAGGCAGCCGCUGGGCUGGCGGCUUUACGAAUGGCUGAGGAGGAAGAGGCGGCCCUUCGCGCAAGACGAAAUACACACUCAUCAACGAUAGCUCCGUAUUCAUCACAGCAUAAUUAUCGGUUAUCGCCCACCGAUGCUGUUGGGUCAAGCAGCGAUGGGGACUAUCGCCGUCAUGAUAUGGCUCUUUAUGGUGGAAGUCACAAUGCGCAAAUGCAAUAUGGCGAAACUUUUGUCGCGGACUCCACUGUUAAUCAAUCUGCACUAAGGUCCAGCUCCCAUCGAAGCUCGAAUAGAUCAACGGAAGACAGCGCAAAUGUUUCUGACUAUGAGUACCCUAAUAUUGAUGAUGACUCUAUCCACCCUUUCCCUUCUUUGGCCCCAAUAGCUCGAGUGGAUACUUUUGGGACCGGAGGUUUGUCCGAGCCAUCGCUUAAUACUAGAAGAUUAAGCUUUGAUGAUGGUGAUGAGGUUACUCUUUCAGGCAGAGCCGUUCAGUCCAAUUCAUUUGGCGCCACCCCAGAGGAAGGUGAACCACAAGACCUAUUUUUCCACCCGGGGAUGACUGGUCGGCCUCUGCCCCCGCCACCUGUGAAUACCAAUUUAGCACCGCAUCUUAUACCUGCUGGGACUUAUAGAACCCAUGAUCAUGCUCACCCAGAUCCCUACGGUCAAUAUCCAGAGGGGUAUUAUCCAGUAGCACCCGGAGACGUUCUUCAAAGCAAUGCCGGGUCUACAGUCCCGAGAUCAACAUCCUUCACUGGGCAUACUGCUACACCCCGGACGGAUCCGAUUAUUCGGUCCAAGACUGAUGCUGAUAAGGUUAAAUUGAAACAAGCUUACGAUGCUUCAGUAUCCUCUCCUUCGGCACCCAUAGACCUACCAGCAAUCCCGGCUGGGAAGCGUAAAAAAUUUAGCCCAUCGAAACUGUCAACAGAACAAUUCAGAAGGUGUACUGAGCCUUGGGCACUAAGUGCCAUUGCUGCCUGGGUGAGAGAUCUGAGUGAAGAUGAAACAGACCUUAAAGAGCAGGCCAUUGUGGAUGCCAUUGUGGCCUUGUUCACACAUAAAGUUCCAACUAUGAACACCGCUGAUGCUGAAACCCUUGGAGCACGCGUUGUAAAGGGCAUGCUGGAUGCUGGUGCCCUGAUUGAAGAUGAGGAAUGGGUCAAAUUUGGAAGUGGGACAAUAUCUGGUGUCUUGUGGCAGAUUACUGGCCAGGGCUGUUAUUCAUCUCGGCUUCAUGUAGUAGAAACUGAAGUUUUUGGCAGAUGUUAUUCUCAUCAUUGUAUGAGAACCUUGAAGAAGAUCAAUCUGCAUUCACAUGUUAUGGAGCCACAAAAGAAACUCGAGGACUGGGCAACUUUCUACAAAAUUGGCAAAGAUGUGUUCGAAACACAUUCCAAGAAGGAUAUUGAAUUGCAAAACAAUCUGCACGAAAUUGUGACUACAGAGGAUUCGUUUAUCUCGCAGCUUGACGUACUGCGAACACUGUACCGAGACCAUCUCGCAGCAUCUGAUACUAUCCACCCUAAGCGGCGAGAUAGGUUCUUGAGGGAUGUUUUUGGCAAGGUGGAUGCGGUAAAGAGAGUCAAUGAAAACUACCUUCUCGCCCAACUCAAAUAUCGCCAAAAGGAACAGGGGCCAUUUAUCGUAGGAUUCAGCGAUAUUUUCCGGGAGUGGAUUCGAAAGGCUAAAGCUGCCUAUAUUGACUAUGCUGCUACGUUUCCCAAUGCCAACUACCUCUUCAGACGCGAAGCGGAGACAAAUUUAUUAUUCCAGCAAUUCUUAAAGCAGGCAAGAGAAAACAAGUUGUCUAACAGAUUAAACUGGGACACUUAUUUGAAAUCCCCCAUUACGCGUAUCCAGCGAUACACGCUACUUUUGUCUACUGUGCAUAAGAACAUGGCCAAAGACUGUGAAGAGAAAACAAAUCUAUGGCAAGCAAUUGAGGAAAUCAGGUUGGUGGCAAUGGACUGUGACAACAAAGUCGGCGAGAUGACCAAGAAGGUUGACCUGAGGGAACUUGGUGCAAAACUGCAACUCCGCCCUGAAAUGAGACACCUUGUUGAAUUGAAUUUGGAACAUCUAGGCCGCGAGAUAAUUUACCAAGGAGACCUUCAGCGACCAAGAACUAAACGAUUCAAUUGGGUCGACACCCGUGCUAUUCUAUUCGACCACUAUCUUGUACUGGCAAAGAUUGUCACGAAUAGGGAUGUUACCAAGUCCGUCAAAUACGAAACUUAUGAUGUAUCUAAAUUGCCAAUCCCCAUGGACUUACUGAUUCUUGAAAGCUCAGAUGAUGACCCUGUCAUGAAGUCUGCUGUCAAAGGAAUAACGGUCAUUGCUGCGCCUCAAAAAUCUGGAAGUGGACCAGGAAUGCUGAGCCAUGCGAGCACGAGCAGCUCCACCAGCUCCGGAAUUUCCGUUAACUCUGGCAAGACCAUAGUUUCCAACACAGUAAUUGACCAGCCCAAGGAUGAUAAAAUCUUGUACCCCUUCAAGAUCCGGCACCUUGGACGACCAGAAGUCUUUGUUCUAUAUGCAAAUACAGCUAAAAACCGGCGUGAAUGGUGUGAAAAGAUUCGAGAGGCAAAAACAAAGCAUGCGGCAUCUCUAUACGCACAAAAUGCAGAGCCCUUCAGAUUGCGCGUUUUAUCGGAUUCAGCUUUUGCUUAUUCCGAGAUGGCUGUUGCGCCAAAAAGUGUCGCAAUACACGGUACACCGUUGGAUAGAGCGAUCCAAGAAGUCGAGGCCAAGUAUGCUGGUAAUUUGUCACGUCCUCUACCAGUCUGCAGAGCAUCUGUAAACUGCGCGACCGUGUUCCGUUUGCCUAGCGACCGUAAAAUGUGCGCGGUUGGAACUGAUUACGGUGUUUACAUAUCCGAAUACAAUAAUCCUCGUGGAUGGACAAAGGUCAUCGGAAUGAUGCGAAUAACUCAAAUUGCUGUAUUCGAAGAGUUUAAUCUUUUCUUGUUGAUUGCUGAUAAAUCUUUAAUUGCCUAUCAUCUCGACGCCAUUUGCGUGGAGAAAGGCGCAGCCCCUCCUAAUGAUUCGCAACGACGUGCUCCACAAAAACUAUCCGGCAACAGAGAAGUAGGCUUCUUCGCCGCCGGUCGAAUGAAGGACCGCGCUCUCGUAUUCUAUAAGAAACGCGAUGGCAUUUCUUCGACUUUCAAAGUUUUGGAGCCCGUCAUUCAGAAGACAUCGUCCACUAAAUCUCGCUUCUUACGUAGAGGCAAUACUGACUUUUUCCGCGAGUACGACGAAUUUUAUAUCCCAGCGGAUAGUUAUAGCAUUAAUUUGUUCCAUACUUCUCUUGCCAUUUCAACUGCGCGAGGAGUUGAGGUUCUAACACUCGACAAGAAGCAGCCAUGGUCUGUGCCCAAUCUGCGAUCUGAUCAAGCCGAAGCUCAGGCACACCUCACAAGAAUUUCCAACAGAAUCAAGGAUCUUCGCCCGCUAGGCAUGUUCCGUCUCAGCGAGAGUGAGUUUUUGGUGGCUUUUGAAGAAUGUGCUGUCUACGUCAAUAAGCACGGCGACGUAAGUCGCAGUGUGGUUAUGGAAUUUGUCGGGAGGGCGCAUUCCGCGUGCCUCAAUGGAAAGUUCCUCAUCCUAUUCCACGAUGAUUUUGUUGAAAUUCGAAAUGCAAUGAAUGGCCGUCUGAGGCAAGUUAUUGCCGGCAAAAACGUGUCACUCCUUGACGAUGGUGGAAACUGCAGCAAUGCAGUUGGAGGUUCGGCUCAGUCGGCAUUAUCAUCGAUUGCCGGCAACUUCAAUGAUGCUGCAUCCAUUGCAACUCUGAGCGGUGGGAUGAACGGGCUUGGUCUGUCAACUGGAUUUAGUACCGUGCCUCGGACGGUGAAGAUUUGCAUGCAGCACCCUGCGUAUGAAAGAAGCCAGAUAGUUGUUGAACUAAUUGAAAAUGAAGGACAAAAGGAUUAA